AUGGCUGGUGGUGGCAUGCCAAUCUCCACCGGCACGGUUGCCGGUGGCUACCUGACCGGGAAGGCCCUCAUUUUCCCGCUGUCACUGGUCAUCUCCCUAUUCUUUCUGUGGGGUUUCAGUUACGGUCUACUAGAUGUGUUGAACAAGCACUUCCAGACCGUCCUCGGGGUCACCCGUCUCGAAUCAACGGGGCUCCAGGUCAUGUACUUUGGUGGAGGUUACCUGCUGUUCUCGCCUAUCGCAGCCGAGGUCCUGAAGCGACGCAGUUACAAGUUCACCAUCAUCAUGGGCCUCUGCCUCUACUCCCUGGGCGCCAUCAUGUUCUGGCCCACCGCGCACUUCACCACGCCCGAGAACAAGAAAGCCGCGUUCGGCGGCUUCCUGGUCUGCACCAUGAUCAUCGCCUGCGGCCUGGCGACGCUCGAGACAAGCGCCAACUCAUACGCCGUCGUCAUCGGUAACCCAGCGACCGCAUCCGCCCGUCUGCAGUUCUGCCAGUCCUGGAACGGCGUUGCCUCCUUCAUCGGCCCUCUUAUUGCGUCGAAGGCUUUCUUUUCAGGCGAGGGCUCCAAGGACCUGACCUCCGUGCAGUAUGUCUACCUGGCCGUCGCGUGCGCCGGCGCUGCCGUCGCGGUGCUCUUCUUCUUCGCCAAGCUGCCUGAGGUCUCGCAGGAGGUCAUCGAGGGCACCUCGACCGCCGACAACCCAGCUGCCGACAGCGAGGAGGGCGUUGGUGCCGGCCCCCUGUACAAGCAGUACAACUUGAUCUGUGCCGUCGCGGCGCAGUUCUGUUACGUGGGUGCUCAGGUUACGGUUGCGGCCUUCUUCAUUAAUUACGCCACUGAGAACGCGCACUUCCCUUCCUCUGAGGGAUCGCAGAUGUUGUCGUACGGACUGAUUGCCUUCACCAUUGGUCGCUUCGUCGCCACGGGCCUGGCGACUGUCUUCCAGUCCGACUUCAUCAUGAUCAUUUACGCGGCCAUUGCCAUCGCUAUGACAGCCUAUGUCUCAGUUGGCACUGGCACUGCCGCGGUCGGUGUGCUGAUCACAAUCUUCUUCUUCAUGGCUCCCAUGUAUCCGACCCUCUUCUCCCUCGGAACUGCAAAUCUCGGCCGACACACCAAGCGCGGAGCCGGUAUCAUGGUUAUGGGUGUCUCUGGAGGAGCCGUGUUCCCGCCAAUCCAGGGCGCGAUUGCCGACUCCGCCGGCACGCGGAUCAGCUACGUCGUGCCGCUUGUUGGUUUUGUAUUCGUUCUGACGUAUGUGCUGGGUCACUGGCUGCGCACCGGAAGACACAUCAUGCGCGUCAAAGAGGUCGUCGCCACGACGCCCGAGGCUGCUAUUGCCGCUGGAGAGAAGAGCGAGUUUGAGAAUGUCGAGAUCGUUGGCGACCGCAAAGUUUGA